AUGGGCAGCGCCAGCCCCGGCCUGAGCGCCCCACCGCCAACCCGCCACCUCUUGCCUGACACGGGGCUAAGGACCGGCCUGGAAAAGGGGUCGGGGGCCGAGAGGAGAGGCUGGAGCCCCAGCCCGCCCGCCACCCCUGAGCAGGGCUUGUCGGCCUUCUACCUCUCCUACUUCGAUAUGCUAUACCCUGAAGAGGGAACCUGGGCGGGGAAGGAUCCUGUCGAUGGGGGCCGUGAAGAGGCCCCCAAGGAGCCAGAGCAGUGCCCCAUCAUCGACAGCCAGGCCCAGGGGGCUGGUCUAGACUACCCCCCAGGUAACCUGACCCUGGAGGAGCACUCAUUAGAGCAAGUACAGUCCAUGGUGGUCGGGGAGGUGCUGAAGGACAUUGAGACUGCCUGCAAGCUGCUCAACAUCACUGCAGACCCCAGUGACUGGAGUCCUGGAAAUGUGCAGAAGUGGCUGCUUUGGACAGAGCACCAGUACCGGCUGCCUCCGGUGGGCAAAGCCUUCCAAGAGCUGGGGGGCAAGGAGCUGUGUGCCAUGUCAGAAGAGCAGUUCCGCCAGCGCUCCCCUCUAUGUGGUGAUAUUCUGCACGCUCACUUGGAUAUCUGGAAAUCAGCCGCCUGGAUGAAAGAGAGAACUUCUGGAGCUCUGCACGUCUGUGCCGUGGGGAGCGAGGAGACCUGGAACAACAAUGAAGUGGACUCUUCCUGCUCUGGCCAGCCUAUCCACCUUUGGCAGUUCCUUAAAGAGCUCUUGCUCAAACCACAUAGCUAUGGCCGCUUCAUCCGAUGGCUCAAUAAGGAGAAAGGCAUUUUCAAGAUCGAGGACUCAGCCCAGGUAGCCCGGCUGUGGGGCAUCCGCAAGAAUCGUCCGGCCAUGAACUAUGACAAGCUGAGCCGCUCCAUCCGCCAGUAUUACAAGAAGGGGAUCAUUCGCAAACCUGACAUUUCCCAGCGAUUGGUUUACCAGUUUGUGCAUCCUGUCUGA